AUGAGGAACAAAAUAGUUCCUUUCGUAUCCUCUUCCUCCACCUCCUCCUCCUCCCUCUCAUCAUCAUCAUCAUCAUCAUCAUCAUCAUCAUCAUCAUCAUCAUCAUCAUCAUCAUCAUCAUCAUCAUCAUCAUCAUCAUCAUCAUCAUCAUCAUCAUCAUCAUCAUCAUCAUCAUCAUCAUCAUCAUCAUCACAGAGUGUAUUGACUAAUGGUAUGAUUAACUAUUUACUUAAAUCUGAAUGA